GACUGUCAUGGGAAAAUGACAUUAUUAGAAGGUUUAGCAAGCGUGUGCAGAUGGCUGUGUGUUGUCAAUCCUCCCAGUACUGCUUGAAUGCAAGUUUGUGGAUACACUGGAUUGCUCCAGUUGUUAAGUCAGCACAUGCAUUUGCUCUGAGCCUUGUGCCUCAACAACAAGACAACUUUGUGCCAGCGUUUGCAUGUGUGCACACCACCGUUUUGCAAACUCAGUUGGGUGGAAAAGGAUAGGAAGAUGCCUGCUAUUCUAGUUGCUUCCAAGAUGAAGUCGGGAUUGCCCAAACCUUUACAUGGUACUGCUCUACCAAUUCCAGCCAGGGUAGCAACACACCAGAAUGGACCCCUGAAGCCCAUGGACUCCAGCCUCAUACCACUGAAGUCUACUGUAUACAGGCAGCAAAUUCAAGGCAAUCCAACUUUGCAGAAAAAGAACCAGACAACCAAAGAAUCAGGAGACCCUCAGAUUUACGCAGAUUGGGCCAACCACUACCUCGCCAAGUCUGGACACAAGCGCCUGAUUAAAGACCUGCAACAGGAUGUUGCAGAUGGUGUAUUGUUGGCAGAAAUCAUUCAGGUUGUAGCUAACGAAAAGAUUGCAGAUAUUAAUGGAUUCCCUGAGAGCCACUCUCAUAUGAUUGAGAACAUUGAUGCCUGUCUAGGCUUUUUGGCUGCUAAAGGGGUGAACAUAAAGGGACUUUGUGCCGAAGAGAUCCGCAAUGGCAAUCUGAAAGCCAUUUUAGGUCUGUUCUUCAGUUUGUCUUGCUACAAGCAGCAGCUGCAGACUUUCAAACAGGCCUCCAGCAAUGCUCCCAUGCUUCAUAACAACCAGGCCCACAGAUGCGCCAGCCCUACCGUGCCUUCUCACACCACUCCUGGCCCCUCUCCCCACGGCUCUCCUUGUCCAUCUCCCAUUCACCAGCACUUCACCUUCUCCCCAUGUGUACCAAAACCACAGGCUGACCUGCAGUCCAGUCAUCCAUCCAAACGCUUCAGUCAGAAAAAAGCUGCCAAACUCUCAGUUGCUCAGAAAAAAAACUCUAGGCUUCCGAGCCCCUCUGUGAAGGUGGGUGGAGCGGGUGGAGAGUGUAAACCUCGAACCUGCAACAACGCCAGCAGACGCAGCCAGAGCUUCAGCCAGUGUGACAGAAUGAAACCUGCAAUCUCUGCCUGUCCUCAGGAAAGAGAGAAAACAACCCCAUCCCCCAUGAUGGUUGAACAUGGACCCAUCAUUUCCUCCAUACCUCCACCCAGUAACACCAGCAGCAGUAGCAACAUCACAACUAACAAAUCUAAACCCUGGAGAAGCAAGUCUCUCAGCACUAAACACUCUGCCACCUACUCAGUGGUCACUGUUAAAGAGCCACCCUCAGCUUCUCUUGAGGUUCCUCCAAAGGUGAUUGCCCAGAAGUCCAUGCUGGAGAAGCUCAAGCUCUUCAACAGUAAAUCGGGCCCCAAAACCUCCAAGACAACCAGUACGGAAAAUCUGGAAGCUCUGGAAACAGUGGAAGACCAAGUUCAGAUCUGCCCCAUCUACCCUGAGAACCAACGCCCAGUGACCCCCAGCAGCUCCAGUAGCUCCAGUCCCAAGCUAGCCCUAAAGACCAUUGCGCAGUUGACAAUUGGUAGGGCUUUAGCACCCAAAAUAACCUCAGCAAAGGCAGAAAAAAACAAAGUCAAAGACAAGUUGAAAAAUAAAGAGAAAGACAAGCUCGGCAAACAAGUUAAAGAAUCAGACAACACUAGAGGACAAACCAAAACUGAGGGAUAUGCUGUAUCUGAGUCUAAGAAGUCCAUUCCCAUAAGAAACAAAGUCAGCAACAGUGCGAAGAAAGAUAUUGCCAUAUCGGCCAUGAGUGGCAUACCCAAACCAAGCCAGGCAGGGAAGGGUUCAGCUGCAAAUAUGAAUAUUGUGCCACCCACUUUGGGUGCAGCAGGAGAAUGGAUACGGAACGAAAAGGUGGUAGGUUUGUCUGUACUUAAGGGCAAGAAGCACAACAGACGAUCCAGCUCUACAUCUAGUUUGGUGUUAUCAGAAGGGAAAAGUUGCCAAGACCCCGCUACUGGGGCUCAGACCCACACAACCGCCAACAAUACAGUCAGUGUGCAACUUCCACAGCUCCAGCAACAAUGCAGUCAUCCCAAUACUGCCACGGUCGCUCCAUUCAUGUACAGGUCUCAAACAGAAAUUGAUAAGACAGGGCUAAUGGCAGGAACAGAUGAAAGGAGGGAAAGAACAGUCCUACGCAGUAAAUCCAUCCAUACUUCUCUGGAGAAUCUAACAGGUGAAGAUUCAGAGGCGAAAAGACUACGUACUGCAAAAAACAUUGCUGAUCUGAGGCAAAACCUAGAAGAAACUAUGUCCAGCCUACGGGGAACAACUCAUUUCAGUCACAGUGCCCUGGAAACGACCUUUGACAGCACCAUAACCACAAAGAUCAAUGGGAGGGCCUUGCUUGCCCUUAGUCCACGCCCAGCUUCUGCAUUGCCAUGGCGACUGGGCUUGUCUAGCCCUCGCCUGCAAGCUGGUGAUGCCCCCUCCUUAAGGAACACAUUCAUGCUCCAUGGUAGUGGCUGUGGGCACACAAACAGACAUCAGACCUGCACACACAACCUAGGCAGCCUUGAAUGCUCAGACAACGUGGAGGAGAUGGAGGGUGUUGCAAUGGAAAAACUGGGGUACAUGAGUGAUGGAGACAUCCUUGGAAAAUCCAUGAGAGUGGAUGGUGUCUCUACUGGCUAUAUGACGGAUGGAGGGCUGAACGUUUACUCCCGGAGUGUUAACCGGGUCUUGGAUGGAAUGAGUGCCAGAAGAGGGACCGUACACCACUUCAAUCCCAAGAGUCAAGAUGAUACUGACAGUUGGGACGACAGCUCAGUCAGUAGUGGAAUCAGUGACGCCUUGGACACAGAUGACCUUAACACCAGCUCAUCUCUUAGCUCCUACGUCAACACCCCAUCAGUCCCACACCGAGACGUGGAUGAACAGCUCCAGACGGAUGCAGAGAAACACUCUGCUGUGAAAAAUAACCCCAACAACGACCUUAAACAUUCAGAAGGUGGCCCUGACAGUAGCAUUAAAAUGGACACCUCAUCCAAGUGGAUCCACCGGUCUUUGGAUUUACCUGAUGAAUCAGAGCAAUGCUUUACAGGACGCAAGAUUCCAUCCGUCUCCCAGACAGGUUCUUGGAGGCGGGGCAUGACUGCCCAAGUGGGUGUCACCUCCCCAAGGACCAAGGCUACCAUACCAAUAAACUGCAGCUCGCUAAAGUCACAUGUAAAUGGUUCAAAUGGUAAGACCGACGAUGCUAAGGUGUCGGAGAAAGGACAGCUCUCCCCUCAUUCCAACAGCAACCCCCGUUCCUCUUCGGAACAACAAAGGUGUAUUGGUGAGACCAAGAAACCUCCCACCAAUUCUACUGCACGCACUCCAACCAGCACUUUUGGUUUCAAGAAGGUCCCAGGUUCCAUGGCGACCAUAACCGCAAGUGGCGCUGUGAUAACUAGCGGCUCAGCAACAGUGGGCAAAAUACCAAAAUCAUUUGGAUUUUCUGGGAGCCGAUUUGUGGGUCGAAAUACGAGUGUGGAUGAUGGAUACCUUCCAACGAGUGCCCGGACAACUCUUCAGUAUCGCAGUUUGCCUAGGCCUAGUCGUGGCAAUAGUAAUGCCAGUGCUGCUCGUUGUUAUAACCGCUCCAACUGCUCUACCCUUGAUCCUAGUCUUUGCAACAAGGGCACUGCCACACUACCCAAUCCUAAGAGUCGCAACCUAGUCAAGUCCACAAUAGGGUCCAACCAAACGGACAGAGAGAAGGGUGUCUUCUCAGAUGUGGAGAGCCAGACAUUAAGGCAGGCACUUAAGACCGGUACAGCUACCCAGACAGGGAUGCCAACACAGUGUCAAGCUGGAAGGCUAGCAGGAGGAAAGUAUUCAGAGAUGUCCUCGCCAACCCUGCAUAGACUCUUUGGUGGCAAUUCUGGAAGCAAGCAAGGUCCAGUCACCACCAUGGAGAACAUGAAAAAUUCCACCAUCAUCUCUAAUCCCCAUGCCACCUGCGUCCAGCAAACUGGUGUUCUGGACACAACAUCCAUCACCAGCGGAGGCAGCAGUCCACUUCACGGUGACAGUCUGACAGUGCCUGUGGGUAAUGGGGAGCAGGCCCUUUCCUCUGUUGCUUCCAGCCCUGGAUCGGCUUUCUCAUCUUGGGGAGGGAGGAAUGGAGUGGACUAUCCUUUUCAAAGUUCCAUCCAUACCUGUAGCGACUCCAUAACCGUUUGCUUGGGAAAGGAAGAUACACUGUCAGCAAGUGUUAAUCGGACUAACGGUGCCCGAACUGGCCUCUCAGACAGUCCCAUGUCUUCCCCCUGUGCUAGCCCUAAAUUAACCCGCAGCACACUGCCAUGGAAGCAGGACAGGUAUGCACAUGUACCUCAGAUCAGAGGUCAUGAGGAGGCCCGUGAUUGGCUACGUUCCCCCACUGCUGUUGGGCUCCCAGACUCUAUUGUCUCCUCCCCCUUCACCCCUGCCUCUGCAGUCACCUCGCCCUCUGGUACACGGUUCAACUUUGCCACACUUGGCAGUCCCACCUCAGGUUCGCAGAUCCAUCUGGCUACUCUGCGUAGCACCAAUGGUCAGGGCAGUCACGACGGCCCGUACGACCCCUAUGGGGACUCACGUCUGCGAAACUCCUCGAAGAGCAUGGAAGAGAAGUGUCGCACCAUGAGCAGCUCCGGGUCUAUCCGUGAGGGACUAGAGGAAGUUCAUGGCUCAUCUUUGUCGCUGGUAUCCAGUGCAUCCUCAGUUUACUCAACGCCAGAGGAAAAGGCUCAGACAGAGAUUCGCAAGCUACGGAGAGAAUUGGAUGCAUCUCAAGAUAAAGUCUCAGCUCUUACAACACAGCUCAGUGCAAACGCUCACCUUGUGGCAGCGUUUGAGCAAAGCUUAGGAAACAUGACCAUCCGGCUACAGGGCCUGACAACGACAGCAGAACAAAAGGAAACAGAGCUGAAUGAGUUAAGGAAAACCAUUGAGCUCAUUAAAAAGCAGAACACAGUAACUCAGUCCACUAUCAAUGGAGCUAUUAACACACCAGACCCAAAUCGUAAAGUCUCUCUAGACUCCAUUAAUGGGUUGCCUCAAUCCCAGCGAGAUUUGCAGAUCCACAGGCAGCCCUCCUCAGACAGUGUCUCUAGCAUGACCAGUGCCACCAGCCACUCCAGCAUUGGCAGCAACCUGGAGCUUGAUGCUAAAAACAAAAAGAAGAAGAAAAACUGGCUGCGGAGCUCCUUUAAACAGGCUUUUGGAAAGAAAAAGUCUCCCAAAUCGGCCUCCUCUCAAUCUGACAUUGAGGAGAUUACGGAUUCCUCUCUGCCGUCUUCUCCCAAACUGCUGUAUAACGGCUCGACGGCCUCCUCACCGAUGAUACGCAACUCCAACUCCAGCUCCCUUCCUCAUCUGUCCUCCCUGCCUGCACAAGGGCUUUGCUGGAGCUGUAGCAGCAAGUCCAUGAGGUCUGCCUCUCUGGCACGGAUAUCCGAAUGCAACGACAGUGAGGCAGAAGCAGUCAUGCAUUUACGCAGUGAACUGCGCGACAAAGAAAUGAAACUGACAGACAUCAGGUUGGAAGCACUCAGCUCUGCCCACCAACUGGACCAGCUGCGCGAGUCCAUGAAUCGCAUGCAAAUUGAGAUUGAGAGGCUGAAAGUGGAGAAUGAUCGAUUAAAGAUAGAGAGCAAGGGCAGCACUAGCAGAGCUCCUUCUCAGAUGUCCAUCUUCCCUUCAUCUGUUGGACCAUCCUCUCAACUGAGCCUCACAGAAUCCACCAGUCUUGAUAUGUUGUUGGAGGACAGUGGAGAUGGAAGUUCCUGGAAAGAGGGACAACAUGUUAAAGUUGUGGUCAGUCUAGACAAAGAUCCAGAAUUGAAAGAGGAGUGCAGACCUUGCCAGUUCUUGCUGGGCUGCAUUGGAGUCAGUGGAAAAACCAAGUGGGACGUCCUAGAUGGCGUAGUCAGACGCCUCUUUAAGGAAUACAUCAUCUACGUGGACCCUGUCACUCAGCUGGGUUUGAACACUGACAGUGUGAUGGGGUACAGCAUUGUAGAUGUUCAUCGCACUGGUGAUGCAGAUACACCAGAACUUCUGCCAUGUGGUUAUCUUGUGGGUGAAAGUAAUACCAUCUCUGUCCAGUUGAAAGACUCACGCAACGACAGCCUGGACAGUUUGGCGUUUGAGACGCUCAUUCCAAAGCCUGUUUUGCAGCGAUACAUCUCUCAACUUGAAAAGCACAAACGAAUCAUCUUUUCAGGGCCCUCUGGUACUGGGAAGAGCUUUCUGGCUAGCAGACUUGCUGAAUACAUGGUCCUUAAAGAGGGAAAGCAGCUGGAACACCAAGCCAUCGCUACCUUCAAUGUAGAUAACAAAACGACUAAGGAGCUGAAGCAGUAUUUGUCCAAUCUGGCCGAGCAGUGUAUAAGCAAUGUACAGGCUGUGGACAUGUCUGUGGUUCUCAUACUAGACAACCUGCACCAUGUCAGUUCACUGGGCGAGAUGUUCAGUGGCCUGCUUAACUGCAAGCACCACCAGUGCCCUUACAUAAUUGGAACCAUGAAUCAAACCACAUCAUCCACUCCAAAUCUACAGCUUCAUCAUAAUUUCAGAUGGGUUUUAUGUGCCAAUCAUACUGAACCAGUGAAAGGCUUUCUCGGUCGGUUCCUGCGGCGGAAGCUUCUAGAGACAGAGAUCAGCAGUCGUGUUAGGAAUGGGGAGCUAGUAAAAAUUAUUGAGUGGAUCCCAUUUGUCUGGCUUCAUCUGAACCGCUUUCUGGAAACACACAGUUCUUCUGAUGUCACAAUUGGGCCCCGGCUCUUUCUGUCCUGCCCGAUGGAUGUUGAGGGCUCAAGGGUGUGGUUCACUGACUUAUGGAACUACUCCAUCAUCCCCUAUAUGCUGGAGGCGGUGAGAGAAGGGUUACAGGUGUAUGGGCGUAAGGCAGUGUGGGAGGACCCGGCUAAGUGGGUGAUGGAGAGUUUUCCUUGGGUGGCCAGUCCACAGCAGCACGAGUGGCACUCUCUACUACGCCUUAGGCCAGAGGACGUGGGGUUCGAUGGCUACUCUCUCUCACAAGAGGGCAGUCCAGGCAAGCAACCUGCUCAGGUCAAUUCAGGGGAAGACCCCCUGAUGAAUAUGUUAAUGAGACUGAAGGAGACGGCUCACUGCACAGGCACUGAGAGCUACGACAGUGAUUCCACAAGCAACAGUCAACAAGAUGAUAUACUGGACUCAACAUUAGAAUCUACACUGUGAAUAACACUUUAAAACGUCAAAUAUGAAACUUGAAUUCCUUUUUUUAAUCCCAAAGUAGGCUUUGUAUGGAAUUGCAGGGUGCUGGUAACCCUCAAUAUCCCUGAAAUUCAAGGUGCUGGUAACCCUUAAAAAUCAUCAUUCCAAACUAAAGGUAGGCAAACAAACAUGAAAGAUUUCACUUUUACCAGAAUAAAAGCACAGACAAGAUUUUUUUUUUUAUAACUGCAACUUUUUAUGAGAGAGCUCAACAUUCCAAAACAUUAUUAAGCUUGAGAAUUUAAACGGACAUCUAAAAUAAUUUACUCACCCUCAAGUUGUUCCAAACCCCAUACGACUUUCUACCGUGGAACAUAAAAGGAGAUGUUAGGCAGAAUGUUAGCCUCGGUCACUAUUCACUUUCAUUGCAUCUUUUUUACCCCCAUAUUUGGAAAGUGAAUGGUGACUGAGGCUAGCAUUUUGCCUAACAUCUUCUUUUGUGAUCCACUGAGGAAAGAAAAUCCUACAGGUUUGGAACAACAUGAGAAGUAAAAGAAAACAGAAUUUUUAUUUUUGGAUGAACUAUCCCUUUAAAUGUCUUUCCUGAAAUUGACACUAGAUGGCAGUGAAAGUGUGUUCUAAAAGGAGAAGUUCUCUUCCACCUUGAUGAGAUGUAGCACCUGCUUGCACACUUUUCAUUCUUAAGUCAAAUUACAGUUCAAGAUAAUAAAAAAAAAAAUUGUGGAAUAUACAGUAGAUCUUCAAGAAACAAGAUGGAAUUCCACCAAUAUUGACAGCAAAAACUUUUUUUCCUCAUUAUAUGAUUUGAAGUUUAGAAUCAAAGUUAUUAAAACUUCUGUUAAAACUCAAAUUCCCAUUCUCUUGUAAGUUUUACUUGCAAAUCAUACUCUUUCUGAAGUGGCUCUCUAUAGGGUUACUAAUGCACUAGUGAACUUCUUUGGUGCUUAAAUUGAUAACAAUGCCUUAUAACUUUGUGGUGGACUUUAUACCUAAAUUAUAGGCUUUUCUGUUACUUUAUAUAAAUAAAAAUAACCAAACACAUUAAAGCCUUCAAAAUGUGUGACCUAAUUUGUGUGACCUAAAAGGGGAAUAUAGUAUAAUAUGAGCUAUAUUUCUGUUGCUUUUGGCAACAAUAGAGGAAGCGUUGGUAACUUACUGGGUUGUUGGCAAAAGAUUUGAAAAUAUGCAGCCUAAUUUAAGAGCUUCUGGGAAGUUAACUCAUUAUGUGCCAGACAACACUUUUGUGCCUCUUUUUAUGCAGUCACAAAUAGUUAUGUAGAUGUUAACUAUAUACUCAAGUAAAUUAUACAUUCUAUGCACUGUUGUUGAAUUAAAAAAAAAUAUAACAUUCAUCAUGGUGCAAUAUGUGGUAGAUUUUUAAUCAAACACAAACUGGGGACUAUCUCUGAUGAUGAAUAAAAUAACAUGAAUGAAAACCUUCAUCUGUCAUGUUACACCUUGUAACAACAUUACAUUCAAAUUAUGUUGAUAUCAGGACAAACUGAGUUUUUGUGGUUUUGUAUUCCCUGCCUUUUUCUGAAUAAUUAUCCAGCCUCCUGACAAGUGAAAAAUACAUCAAAUUAGUAAGAUCUCUGUUCAAUUUAAGUUUGUUUAUGUUUAUCCAAAAUAGUUGUUUAGGGGAGAAAGGACCUUCUAUUGUGUUUAUUAUUUGAGGUCUAUACUGAAGAUCUUCUGGGGGUAUUUAUACAUACAUUCACAAAGUUCUGGCAAUCGUGUGAUGUGCUUUACUUGGAAUUGGGGGUUAGAGUUUCUGGUGGCCCCUUCAGGAGUUUAACAUGGCAUACAUUUGCAUGUGGUGCAAAUAGAUUACUGAGUGUUGCUUUAAUUGUAUGAUUGCAUUUUCUUCACCCAGAAAAUGAAGCGUUUUCAUGAUUUAACUAGUUUUCUCUUGUUUUCUCAAAUGUAAUUUGACAGAACACCAAUCUUUUUUACAUUUUCAGUAGUAGAUACCACCAAAUAAUCUUGCUAUUCUUUUAAGUACUGCCAGGAUUUUUUUCUUUUACUUUUACACAGCUACAUUUGAAGAAGUGUAUAUAAUGAAUUGAGAGUUUAAAUGAUCGUAAUAAAAGAAGAUGGAAAUAGUGUGUGUACUUUACCAUAUGAAUUUGCUGGUAAUUUUUUGAAGAAUUUUGAUUUGUUUGUGUAUAUUCUCCAUUGUACUUUAUUUUUGUAAAUAUUUGGAUAUUUGUGAUUUGUUUCUGUAGGCUCUAAAAUGAACUUUUUGAGUUUGUGAUCGCACGUGGCCCUUUUUGGAAUAAAUGUGAUAAUUUUCCUA